CUAACAUCAAGGAAGUGAGGUGUUGUACACUGCGGAGUCAAAACAAGGGAACUGUUUUCAUGAAAGCCUCUCAAAGUGAUUCGUCUCCCCGCAGUCAUCUCCUGGUUGGUCGGCGUUGAGUUGAGUUGGUUAACUUAAUGUUAACUUAAGUGUUAUUAGAGGUUUGGUCAGGUCUCGCGUUACGUAGAGGAGGAACACGGAUGACGACAUCAGCCGGAGCUUCCUGAAGAGGAGUCGACUCGGUACCGUAAACCUACAGCUGCAGAGGAGGAGACAGAGUUCAGCCUGAGGUUAGCCAGCAGUCCUCUCUUUAAUAACACAAUUAGCAUUAAUCUUAACGGGGCUUCGGCGAUGUCUCUGGCCGACCAGAGCCAUCAGUGGUUCCCCACGAGUGUCCAGGUGACGGUGCACCAGGCUCGGAGCCUGCGUGCUAAGGGGAAGAAUGGCACCAACGACGCCUACGCCAUCAUCCAGGUGGCCAAAGACAAGUUCUCCACCUCCGUGUCCGAGAAAUGUGUGGAUCCAGUGUGGAAGGAGGAGGCUUCCUUCGACCUGCCGCUCUUCCACCCGGGCAACGGGGACCGCUGCACGCUGUACGUCAUCGUCAUGCACCGCGCUCAGGUGGGGCUCGACAAGUUUCUGGGUCAAGCUGUGGUCAACCUGCUGGAUCUGCACGACAACAACCCCCGCAAAAAGACGGAUUGGUUCAAGAUGGUGGACAAGAGUGGAAAAGAGGACAAGGCGAGAGGCGAUGUGCUGCUAGAUAUCCAAUUUAUGAGAAACAACAUGUCAGCGAGCAUGUUGGACCUUUCUAUGCAGGACAAACCGCGCUCCCGCAUCUCUAAGCUGAAGGAUAAAGUCCGUGGGAAGAAAAAGGACGGCUUCUCCGACUCUGCUUCAGCUAUCGUUCCCUCUGUCAGCAAGGUCUUCACAGACAGCGAGGGAGAGGCGGACGCACAGUCGCUCAACCUGUCCGAAGGAGUGAAAAAGAAAUCUAAACUCAAAACCCUCUUUGGUUCCAAAUCAAACCUGCAGCGUAACAUCUCACAGUCCAUGUCUACACUGGGGACUCUUCCAGAGAAGAAUUCAUCUCUCAGUAGCAGCCGCUCAUCUGGCCUCAAUGUGGACUCUCCUGACGUUAAAAAGAAAUUCAAAUUCCUGGGACACAAGCGAACAGGCAGCUCUGACAGCAAGCACUCUCUGGGUCCUUUCUCCCUACUGGGUCGCUCCAAGCAGAGCAACAGUGACCUGAACAACCUGUGCAUCAACGGCAGCCAUGUGUACGCAGAGGAGAAAGAUCCAAACAGUGGAUCUACUCUCAGUCUGAACAGCUCAGGCCAAGGAUCUGUGGAGGAUGUCCGCAAACACACCUCAGAAGUCUCCGUAGAUCCCGUUAUAAGUGUAAAUGUUCCCUCCUACAAGCGUGAGUCGACAGAUAGGGCAUUACUGGAGCAACAGCGCCAUCAAGAGGAGGAGGGGAAAAGGCAGGCAGAAGAGAGGAGGCUGCAGGAAGAGGAGAAGUACAGGGUAGAGGCCAAGAGACUGCAGGAGGAAGAGGAGCGCAGACACCAAGAGGAGCAGGAGAGGAAGAGACGCUUCCUUGAAGAUGAAUCGAGGAGGAAGAAACAGAUAGAGGAGGAGGAGGAAGAAAGGAGAAGGCAAGAGGAAGCAGCAGAACACCAGAGGCUUGAGGAAGAGCGACGCAGAGCCGAGGACCAGAAGAGACAGGAGGAGGCCUCCAUGAGCGACAGGCUGUCGUCUCUGUUUGGAAUGAUCAGGAAGAAGGAGGAGAAGAAAGAGGAGCUACCCACAACAGCUCCUAGCAGCGAUUCAGGAGAUCCUGAUAAAGCGAUCUCCCACCCCUCCAACAAUCUGUUCGAGGACAUCGAUAUUGGCAAUGAAAGACCAGCUGAUCAUCAGAAGUCCAGCAACAACCCACAAACCCCUUCUACCAUGGUCUUCCUCAACCGUACUGCUAAAGUGUCUGCCGUCAAACCCAGAUAUACUCAAUCUCUGGAGUCUGAACCUGCUGACUGCCAAACCCCCAGUCAGCUGUGUCCUUCCCCAGCCACCUCUGAAUCCACCCUCUCUAGUGUCCCGUCGGACUCCCCUGAUACGUUCUCCAGUCUCCACUCAUCCCUGGCUCCACAAAACACAAAUCAAAGCCAGUCUGGUUCUCCCCAUGGCAGCAUAGAUGAUUUGUCUUCUGUGCCAGCUUCACUCAUGGCGGAUAAGAAAAGAAGUGGAGGAAUAACUCCCGUCAGAGAGAUCACGAACCCUGCGUAUGUAGAGAAAGACGAUCCUCAGCCAGGCAGUAAAAUGUCCAUUCCACUUCCUGAUUAUGACACCCUAUUCCCUCAGAAGAGACACGGAGUGCAAGGGCACACCCGAUGGGACCAUAUAAUCGCUGAGGUCAAUCAGAAAAACAGGGACUUUGCAGAGAUGAGUGUGGAUGGCCCGGAGGAGAAUGAACCCAGUGUUCAGGAGAGACCUGCCAUGAGGCAUUACCAAACACAAGCUCAGCAGACCAAACCCAUAUCAUCAAAAAAGGCAGCCGCUCCAGCUCCCCCUAAAUCAGUCGCUCCUCCAGACCCUAGAUCAGUGGCACAUGCCAGUCAAACAAAGAGCCAGAAUACUGCCCACCAAUCUCCCAUGAAGCCCAAUCUGCCCACAGUCUCCGGACCUGUAAACACAACCAGAGAAAGUCUCUCAGAGAGAUCAAGGGAUGGAGCGAGGACGGCGUUGCGUCCAACACCUGAAGCGACACAUGCACCCAGAUCAGCCAGCCAAAUGGACUUGGAAACAAUUACACCAGAUGAUGAAAGAGAAGUGCAAGGCACUGUGGACAAAAAGGCACCUAGAGCCAAACCCAGACAGAGGGAGAGUGGCAAUGAGCCAGUACAGCAAGAAGACUCUGCUGUGACACCAGUGGUCUCGGACAAACAUAUGAACAGUAACAUCCAAACGUUCUCUAGUUCAGGUAUGAGCAGCAGGGUCACAAGAGGAAGGCCGGCGGAGAAGAACUUUGAGAUUGACCCGUUCCCCAGUACUGAGCUUCUCUCCAAAGACCCAUGGGCACAGCUGGAGACAAACCAAGAAGUAGAUCCUUUUUCUACAGGCAGUGUACAAAAAGAGCAGAUGGUUGAAGCUCUGGGAAUGAACCCAGACGAUCUUGAAAAUGUUUUUAGUCAAGAGAAACACACAGAUUUAUUUGCUGACUUCAAUGCCAGCGAUUCAAACAAACAAAGCGAGUACAGGAAAAAAGAUCAGGUCAGUCCUGUUUUCCAAAGAAGGAAUUCACAGAAACAAAAACAAAGCAACUUCACAACUUACUUGGAGAAUAAGACUUCCAAGUCUCGACAAUAUAAAGAAGAAACAACCAUAACCACAGCUAAUCAAGUCCCCUCAACAAGAGACGUCAGGAAUGGGUCUAUUGCACCGAAGCCUCCAGCUGAAGUGGAAACACAAAAUCAAUUUUAUGGAAGCCAAGAUGAAUUUGGAGCUGAACCUUUUAGCUCUACCUUGACUUCCUCAGAACCCCUCCAGGUAGUUAUGGAGGGAGUGGAGUCAGCGUCUCAGGCAGGAGGUUUGUCUGGGGGAAAGGCAGCUUUGCGGGCAUGGGUCUCCCCCUCUGAUGUUCAGGCUGUCAGUGCUCAGAAUAGCAAUGGAGGUGGGCUAGCCUUGACUCCACGCAGGCCUCAUCCUGUGAAGCCCAUGAGAGAGAGCCAGCAUCCAAUCAGCACCACUGCUGUAAAAGAGAUAAAGGUCCGUGAGCGCACACUAGGGAAGGUCCAGGUGGAAAACUCUGUGGAUAGUGGCCCUUUCACUCAGCUGACACAGGAUGAGUUGAUCACAAUGGUGGUGAGGCAGCAGGCCGACCUGUCCAAGAAGGACGUCAAGAUAGUGGAGCUGGAGGAGUACAUCGACAACCUGCUGGUACGCGUCAUAGACGAGCAGCCCGGCAUCCUGCACUCUCUAAACGCUGGCAAACCGGCGUAACGUAACGGCUGCUGGCAGAGCAGAGUCCCACUUAAGGACACGUUUAUGUUUGUUGUGUGUUUGUACUGUCGUCUCUGUGUGCUGAGAGAUGCGAUCUCGAUGAGGGUCUUAGAGCAUAAUGCACUUUCUUAGUUUCAGAGUCAAAUUUAUUUGAGAAUGCUGGAAAUUUUAAUAACUAGUUGGGAUGUUCAGAACCAACUCUUUCAGUACCGAGACCGAUAUCUGGGCUUUGGGUAUCGGCCGAUAGCGAGUACCGAUCGGAUGCCAGUGUUAAACUAAUAAGCUGUAUGCCUCACUGUGAGGAAGUGACAGGGAUCCUUCUGUUAUGUGUAAGGCAACAUCUGGUUAGAUCUAAACAUUGCUUUCCUAACGUUAUGUAUUUGUUACAACAUUUAAGAAAUGAAUACAUAGAUAUAAAUGUAUUGAACUGUUAUUUAUUAAAAUAAUGGUACUCGUUAGCAGAUCGGCCCAUCGUCACAGAAUCCAGAUUCCACUAUUUGAGUCAGUUUCGGACCGAUAUCUAACAUCAGCAUCGGUGCAUCUUUAAUAACAAGCAAGUAAACAUCUUUAUAUGAGCAAAUUAAUGUAUUUUCUUUUGACACUAUGGUACCGGUAUUUGCUUUAAAAAGAAUUGUUACAUGAAAAUCUAUUCAGUGUUUUGACCAAUAUAUAUACCAAACUUGAUGAAACUUGGGUGGAGCUUUAUUUGAUAAACUAAUGAUGGUGACAAAAAUUAUUGUUUUUUCAAUGAUUAUUAUCUGGCCUUUUUUAACUCUUUACACUGGGCUUUGUGUAACUUAUUUCUGUGCAAUGAAUUAUGAUAUUCAUAACCUUAAACAAACAUCCAAAUUCAAGAGUAAGAUUGUUUAUAUUACAUUUACUUUAACCGCUGAAAUCUUAUUUUGUGUUUUCUUCGCUGAGCCUUUUGACUUGCAUAUAUAUUUUUAACUAGUCAUUUAAAAACAUUCCUGCAACCUUAAACUCACCACAGGCGAAUGUCAGCUGGUCGUCCAGUCCUUAAAAACAUAUUGUGCCUAUUUUUGCUUCAAAGAGGUGUUAUUUAGAAAACCAGCAAUAAAUUAAAGCAAGCAGCUGCUAUGUUUUGUGCAUAGUUUGAAUUGCACGGCAGCAGUUGCAUCGUUUUUUUCUUUCAUGUGAUUAUGAAGCCUGUGCACAUCGUUUAAAACAUUAUGCAAGUAAUAGCGCAGAAUCAAAGUCUUAUAAUAAUAAUAAUAAUAAUAAUAAUGUGAGAUUUUGAUCACUGUGGUCUUUGUGUUGUAUUUGUUAAGUGAAAACCAAGAGAUAAUCAAGAACAAAUAAUCAGAUGGAAAGUAAUCGACUUAGUAUCAGUAAUAACCAACCAGCCUUGUCUUUGUAUUUGAACUACACUUAUGAAUGAACAUCUAUGCCUUUAUAUGAUAUUAUUUUAUCCUUUGGCAGCAAUUAUAGCAAUAUUAAUCUUGAGAAUGUACAGCCCUGUGCCUUCAAAAUGUUUGAGUUGUGUGUCUGAUAUGCUGGAUGGACAGGUGUUUGCUACCUCUCUUCUUGUACCCGAGUGAGAGCCCAAAGAGUGUGCAGAAUGUACGGCCUGAUGUAUCGAGAGUCUGUUGACGUGACAAUAAUACUACAGUCAAUGUAAAACUUCUGAAGGAAGUGACAUUUGUGAAAAGUAUGGUUUUAUUCGAAAUAAAGACACUAAUUAUUUCACCAAAUUCUUUGUACCUGCGUUUACUUACAAUUAUUAUAUGUACAUUUGGAAAGAAA